CUUCUACGUGGGGCGGAGGCACUGAAGACCUUGAUCCUAUGGUCCCUUUAAGUACUUUGUCCCUUACCUGAGUCCCUCCCAAAGAAGGUAAUCAGAAGCCCCGCCCCCUGCCAGUAGCCGGCUCGGGCCUAGUAACCGAGGAGGAGCGCCCCUCCUCCCUCUCCCCUCCCCUCCCUCUUGCCUACCCCUUUGCACAGCUGGCUACUGCUGACCCCGAGGGUCUUCAUUAAAGAAGAGAGGCAGAGCUCCCAGCCCUGGCCAGAGUGCGGGCAGGGAGUCCUGGCCUCCUAACUCGGCUGCAGUGCUGUCAUCUGGGAGUCCACACAAUAUGAGGGGCCGUCCUUCCCUGCUCUUAGUCUAUAUGGGAUUGGCCACCUGCCUAGACACCUUACCUCAUAGAGAGCAGAACCAAGCCCUUGACAUCUUCCUGGAUGCCCCAGAGGCCCAGAGUUUCUUAGUUGGCCGCAGGCGGUUCCCCCGUGCUAACCACUGGGACCUGGAGUUGCUGACCCCUGGGAACCUGGAACGGGAGUGUCUGGAGGAGAGGUGCUCCUGGGAGGAGGCCCGGGAGUACUUUGAGGACAACACACUGACGGAGCGCUUCUGGGAGAGCUAUACGUACAAUGGCAAGGGAGGGCGUGGACGGGUGGAUGUUGCAGGCCUGGCCGUGGGACUGACCUCGGGCAUCCUCCUCAUCGUCUUGGCCGGCUUGGGAGCCUUUUGGUAUCUGCAUUAUCGAAGGCGCCGCCUCAGAGGCCAGGAGUCCUGUCUGCAAGAGACCGGGCUCAUCAUCCCCUUGAGUCCUCAGACGCCUCAAUCUCCACCCUUGCCCCCAGGCCUUCCCACCUAUGAGCAGGCUUUAGCAGCCUCCGGGGUGCACGACGCGCCUCCGCCCCCUUACUCCAGCCUCAGAAGGCCUCACUGAAGACCUGCUUGGAGCGCGGGCUCCCUGAACUGUGCCCCUGAUUCACAGCGGAUUCCGGAAGUCGCCAGCUUCUUCGACGACUGGGCUUCAGUGUGUCCGUGGGGCAGUCAGGGUCGUCGGACCCGAGGUCUACCAUGACACACGUGUUUCCGCCGGGCACGCAUACACGCACGCCCCUGACCAUCCUGUUGCUGAGUUGGUGCCCCUGGCCCUCAAGUGACCCCCACACUUCACCUGAGCAGUGGCCCUGCCUCAGAAUGGGCAGACCUUUUAGGAAACUCGGACCAGACGUGACUCGGCUGUCACCCCACUGGGGCCGCGGGGCACGUACGCGCAGGGAACCAGGCCCUUACACACGCCUGACUUCGUGUAUUUCCUCACUCGGGCACAUGGGCGGUUUGUAAUCCAGUAUAAAGGUGGGGGGGGCGCAUUUGCAAUGUAAUGUAAGCGGGGUGUCACGCUUGUGUUGCACCCGGGUAAAUGGAGUUGAGCUGAGAUGCCCUCUACUUAAAAACCCUUUGGGAAAGGAAGGGGGGGUGGAAGAAAUAAAAAAUUGAAACAAUGAGAAAAAAUAAAAAUGCAGAA